UGGGUGCCGACUGUCUUCAAUUGAGAAAAUGAACACUAAGACAUGUCCCUAAAUAUCUUCUUUAAGAUAGGAAAGGAAAACAAACAGUUUUGGAAUGACAUUAGAGUGAAUAAAUAAUGACAGAACUUUUGUCCUUGCAUUCCUGUAAUGUAGAUUAAUGAAGAGUGUUUAAGUGUUGACACACUAAAUCAGUGUCAGAUUGUCACCUCAAAUAAAUCAAUAAAACAAAUACCACAUAUAGUAAAUGCACUUGUGAAAAGGAAGAAGGAAGUAAAUCUGUUGCCCCGCCUGAGACUCCACCAGUGAUGCUUAGAGGAGUGAGGAUGAGGGAUGGUUUAAAAGCACAGCCACUCCAUCCACUCACUACAACACACUCCGAGCCUUGACUCCAGAACCAGAGAGACAGAGAGACCUAUUAGAGACCUGAGAUGAAUCUUCACACUUUUGUUUUUGUGGUGGGAUGUUGUUUUGCUCUUUCAUUUGGUGCAGAAGGAGAAAGUCCUGGGAGACGUUUCAUUCUAGAUUCGAUUGAGGAAGCAAAGAAAAUCGUGGAUGCUGCUUACAAGUAUUCUCGUGAUGAGAGUUUAGCAAGGGUGCGCAGAGAUGUCAUCAAGCCGUCCGACAAGCUACGUCUACUGAAACAGCCAGCUCGAAAGACACGAGAAGCCGUGAGAGCAGCAGACUACAUGGUGCAGACACUGAGGCUGAUCAGUGAGAAAGCCCAUCAUGUACACAAGAGGUCCAUCAAUGCUACAGACCUGCUGACUCCAGAUGAGCUGAAGACCAUUGAACGUCUGACAGGCUGUACAGCUCAAAUCCAGCCCCCAUCUUGUAGGACCACACCCCUCAUAAACAAAUAUCGAACUAUCACCAGUGUCUGCAACAACCGGAGGAACCCACUCCUUGGUGCAUCCAAUACCGCUUUUACCCGCUGGUUGCCUGCUCGCUAUGAAGAUGGCAUCUCCCAGCCCAAUGGGUGGAAUCCCAACAGAUUGCACAACGGUGCAGUGCUGCCCCUGGUCAGAUUGGUUUCAAAUCGUAUUCUAAGCACUGCUGAUGCUGACAUAGAGAGUGAUCGCGAGUUUACCUUCAUGCUCACCAUCUUUGGGCAAUGGGUUGACCAUGAUCUGACUUUAACGCCCUUCUCACCAAGCAUCAGAUCCUUCAGCAAUGGCCUUAAUUGCGAUGAGAGUUGUGAGCGCUCUGAACCUUGCUUCCCAAUUCCGGCCCCUACAGGAGAUCAACGCCUGAGGCCUGGCACCUGUCUCCCUGUCUUCCGUUCUUCACCUGCCUGUGGCUCCGGGAACACUGCCUAUAUGUUUGGUGGGAAUCCCAAAGUUCGGGAACAGAUCAAUGCUCUCACAGCUUUCCUAGAUGCUGGACAGGUUUAUGGGUCCGAGGAUGGGCUAGCAAAGGAACUUCGAGACCUGACCAAUGAUGGUGGUCUUCUACGUGUCAAUCAUCAGUUCACUGACAAUGGUCGAGAGCUUUUGCCUUUUACCAGUGUAGAAAGCAACAUGUGUGCCACUCGCAGGAACACCCUCAAUGACACCACCCUUACAGAGGUGCCUUGUUUCAUUGCAGGGGAUGUCCGUGUUGAUGAAAACACUGCACUCACCUCAAUACACACACUUUUUGUGAGGGAGCACAAUAGAUUGGCUCGUGCCCUCCAUGCGCUUAACCCUACCUGGAGUAGUGAAACCCUCUAUCAAGAGGCAAGAAAAAUUGUGGGUGCCUACAACCAGAUCUUGGUGUUUAAGGAAUACUUGCCACAUAUUGUGGGCCUUGAUGCUUACAAUAGAUACCUCGGACAAUAUCCAGGUUAUGAUGAGAAUGUGGACCCAACCAUUGCAAAUGUUUUUGCCACUGCAGCUUUCCGUUUUGCCCAUCUGGCCAUCCAACCCAUGAUAUUUCGUCUUGAUGAAAAUUACCAGAACCAUCCACAAUUUCCAAGCGUGCCCCUUUAUGAGGCCUUCUUUUCUCCUUGGAGGGUGAUCUUUGAGGGUGGCAUCGAUCCUCUGCUUCGUGGACUGAUUGGUCGACCAGCAAAACUGAACACACAGGACCACAUGUUGGUGGAUGCUCUUAGGGAGAGGCUGUUUGCCUUUACAUCACACAUUGCUUUGGAUUUGGCUGCCCUUAACAUGCAAAGAAGCCGUGACCACGGUAUACCAGGCUAUAAUUCAUGGCGUCGGUUCUGUGGACUGUCUGCUCCUCGGAAUGAGCAAGAAUUGGCUGUGGUGAUGAACAACAGUGAAUUGGCUCGCAGGUUGCUUGAGCUUUAUGGCACCCCUGAGAACAUUGACAUUUGGUUGGGAGGUGUUGCUGAGCCUUUUGCUCCUGGUGCUCGUGUUGGUCCUCUUUUUGCCUGCCUCAUCUCUACACAGUUCCAGCGCAUCCGCCAGGGGGAUAGGUUAUGGUUUGAGAACGAUGAAGUGUUCACCACAAGACAAAAAUCAUCACUGGCCUCUGUGUCACUAGCCCGCAUCAUCUGUGACAACACUGGAAUCCUCAGAGUUCCCUUUGAUCCUUUCCGCUUCACCAGUCCUACUAGUUUUAUUAACUGUAGGGAUAUCUCAGCCUUUGACCUCACCCCUUGGUUUGACUCUGGUGAUGGUGUCAUUGGCAUUAACUUUGGAAAUGAGAUACAGAUUCCUUCCGAGGGCCUCCCGGACCCAGAGGACCCCCAGGAGAACCUGGUCCCCGAGGUGUAGCAGGCCCCCCUGGACCUCCAGGACCUCCAACUAAUACCACAGGACAACAGUCUGCCUUCUUUGCUUCUGUUGGUACCAUCCUCCCUGCCACUGCUACGGUUGUUGUGUUUAAUCAGGUCCUUUACAAUGGACAGAACCAUUAUAACCAAAAUUCAGGUCAAUUCAUCUGCCAAAUACCCGGUGUAUAUGAAUUCCAGUUCUCAUGCCUAGGAACUCGGACUUUGGGUAUUGUUACUUUAAAGAAAAAUAAUGUUGUACAGGUAACUGCUGAAACUAUCAACCUUAAUACACGAUCAUUAGCGGAAGGGAGUGUGGUUCUAAACCUGCAGAGGGGCGACAGUGUGUGGAUAGAGGCUUCUCGAGGUGCUAAUGGUAUAGGCAGAUCAAGCUAUUUCUCUGGUCAUAUUCUUUUCCCUGUUUGAGACUAUUGCUUAUGAUGCAUUUUCCCCUUUCACAAAGCUGUUGUUUUUAAUUAUGAAUGAAGUUGCAUACAAAUUCACAUAUAAUAUGACAGCUAAAAAAUCCUAUGAAAUGCAAACUGUAAAUUUGCUAUUUUUCCUUUGUCUUUAAAAAAAAACAAUUCUUACUGUAUCUUAAGCCGUUGUGCUUUCCUGUUCUUGGUGGUGUUUUGUUUUAUUAAUAAGAUGACUGACUGUUAGUUAUGCAAAAUUAAGAGUGCAGUUAUACUUUAGUCUUUGAAUUAUGCAUUGUUUAAAGCACAAAGCAGUGCUCAUGCAAUGACAAUUCUUUUUUUCAUGUACUGUAUGGUGGUAUUUGUUGUUUUUGGUUUUGGUUUUGUUGUUAGAUUGCAACAAAAAUAUUCUGUAGUCCAUGGUGUGACAGUUAUUUUUUUGUGUAUGCUUUUAGCAAAGUGAAAAACAAAAAAAAUAAAUGAACUUUCUGUAUCAUCAAUUCA